AUGAUUGGGCUCAACUGGGUCGGCGAGACUGGGUCUAAUGGCGGCACCCACACUCGACAUGCUACUUUGGCACCCAGAUCAACAGAUAUUUGCCCUGUGCAUGCCCUUACACUAAAGCAGCACUUGCAAUAUGUGACCAUGGCCGACGCACUGGGUUAUCCUACUGAUGGAAGCUCCAACGUCAGCGCCAGCUGCUCGAACCACAAAUCCAACGACAAAAGUAUGCGCCUUGCCCUGGAUUAA